UCAUUUUAUUUAGAUCUAAUCGAUGGCAAAUUUUCCUUUUCGCUUGUUCUCAAUCAACAACGAUGCGUCAUCUGUAGCUCCUCUCAGUGCCUCUACUCAAAGCACCGCAAUUGCCCAAAGGAUGGCGUAUGUGGAACGUCUUAUUAUUGAACUCCGCAAGCCUGAUCUCCGAGAAAACGCUCUUCAUGUUCUCUCGAAGAGGACUGAGUUAUUCCAAGAUCUUGCACCAUUGUUAUGGAAUUCUUUUGGCACUAUUGCUAUACUUUUACAGGAAAUAAUUUCAAUAUUUCCUAAUAUUCCGUUGCAAAAUCUUACUCUUGCACAAUCAACUCGAGUGUGCAAUGUUCUUGCACUACUUCAGUGUGUGGCAUCUCACCCUGAUACAAAGAUGUUAUUUCUCAAUGCCAACAUGCCUUUGUAUUUGUAUCCUUUUCUUCAAACAACAAACCAGUUGCCACAAUUUGAACAUUUGAGGCUUGCUAGCCUUGGAGUUAUUGGUGCAUUGGUAAAGGUUAGCACCAAAGAAGUAAUAACUUAUCUUCUUUCAAGCGAGAUAAUUCCCUUGUGUUUGAGCAAUAUGGAAAUCGGAAAAGAAGUAUCAAGAACGGUAGCAACAUUUAUAAUUCAAAGAAUUCUGGGAGAUGGUGAUGGUUUGGCUUAUAUUUGCGCUGCAGCAGAUCGAUUUUUUGCUGUACGUCAAGUUUUGGACAUGAUGUUGAAAAAUCUUGAGAAACGACCUUCACCUCGUCUUUUCAAGCUUGUAAUUUCAUGUUAUUCUCGUUUAUCGGAUAAUCACAGCAGGGCUGCCAUUGCACUAGCAAGCUAUCUUCCAAAUAUGCUCACAAAUGCAACUUUCAAUAACUAUUUUCGUGAAGAUCCAACAACUUGGAGGUUGGUGGAGCAUCUGUAUGAAAACAUAGGGAUGAACCAAGAUCCAUUAGCACCAGGUGAAGGAGAAAUCAAUGAUGUUGUUGGAACAUCAUUGUUUGGUAAAUGAUAUGUCUUGUUAUGUUUAUUGGGUUUGCAACACCAGAACUUUAUAAGCAAGUUAUAUUUCUACUUGAAAACAUGAAUCAAGUCAAUAAUUGCUUAUGCAUUAAAUUGUAAUAAUCAUCUUAAAUUUGAAGAUGUUUCUUGAUUGUGCUAAUAGAUUUAUAUGGGUGUACUCUUUUGACCAUUGAUGAAUGUUCAAUUUGGUGAUAAGAUAUUAAAGUAAAUUUUAGUCUUAAA